AUGCCUUCAAGAACCGUCAUCUCAUUUGUCCUUCGUUUCUUACAAUUUGCAAUUGGUGCAUCCGUCUUAGGAUUAACUGCUGGUAUAACUGAUAUUUUAGGUAUCAACAUUAAGAAAGUUACUUUAGUUACAGUAAUUGGUGUUGUUACAGUACUUUACACUCUUUUCACUUUAAGUGGAUUACAAAGAAAGGUUCCACUUUUCCCAAUCUUAUUCUUGGAAAUUGUUCUCAAUUAUUUCUGGGUUAUUGCUUUCUCAUUAGUUGCUGAUGCUUUUGGUGAUAUUGAUUACCAUGGUGCCAAAUGGCCAAAGUUGGCUAUCUCCACUGUUCCAUUAACUUUAGUUAACUGGCUCUUAUUUGUUAUUACUAAUAUCAUCUUCAUUUCUGAAACCUUAGUUCCAUUUGUUAAAGUUAAUGCCUUUGCUCAAACUUACAAAUCUACAACUAGAUUACAAUGGGGUGCUCUUUAUCCAGCUGAAACUUUUGCUCUUCCAGAUAUUGAAAGAAACUCCGAUGAUUUAGAACACAAGGACUUAACUAGCGGUGCUCCAACCGAAUAG